AUGAAAUCUCAACCAUUUCCUGUAAUUGCAUAUAAUAAGUUUAUAGGCUUUGCUGAUGGAAAUAUUCUAAGCUGGUGUCCUACAAUGGAUUUGUUAGCCAUUUCAAUGAAUAGAAUGUCGAUUUGGGUAUUCAGAAUCAAUGGCGAGAGAAUUUAUUCAAUUAAUAACAAGUCGCUUAUAUUGGAUAUUUCAUGGAAUCCUAAUGGCAAAUUCUUUUGUGUGUCUGGUGUUGACGGAUAUUGCAAGAUUUAUGAUUCAAAUUCAGGCAAAUUGAUAAACACAAUUGAUAGUAAACAAAAGUCAAUUAAUUUAAUUAAUUGGUGUUGUCAUAAGCCUGUAGAAGAGCCUGGCAGAUUUGAUAAUUUAUUUAAAGUAGAUGUUUUGGCUAAUCUACCCAGAUUAUCAUUAAAUAAUGAAAUAUUUACUAACAACAAUGCAUCAAAUGUUAGCAAUAACAGUAAUUACCAACUUGACGAAAUUAAUGAUACAGAGGGUUUACUAAAUUUCAUGAUUACAAUUAGAUCACAUACUGAGCUAUCGAUAACCUUCAAUGGCCUUUUCACUGUCGAUAGCAUCAAAUGUCCCGAGCACCUAAAAUUUAUGUGUCAUGCAAACAACUCAGAUUUACUAGCCCAGUAUUUCCUUGUCACCAAUAAAAGUAAUAAUUCCUCAUGUCUACUUAAAAUGUUCUUGGAUAUCCCUGCUAGCAAUUAUCUUCGAAACUAUUUGAUGGAAAUUAUAUUACAAUCAUGUAAAGUAAAAUCGAUUAUGAAUUAUAUUAACGAGCAACUUGUGUUUUUAAAUGAGGAAGUAAAGCCGUUUGUUCAAUUGUUUGAUCGUCAUUUAUCUAAUUUUAAAGAUAGUUUGUAUUCCAACAUUGAUUUAACUACAAAUUUUCCUACUGAUCAAGAACUGAAAUGUAAAGUUGUUAAUUCUCUAUUUGAUUUAUUAUUGACUGGAUUAAUACCUGCAAACUUAAAAGACUUUUGGUUGAAUCAGUUAGGGGAAAGAGGACUAAAGAAGUUGAAUAAGGUAGGUAAUUCUAUCUAUGACUUGAUAAGAAAAAUCUGUUUCAAUCAAUUAGUCUCAUCAUUAGAAAGAUUGUUGAUUAUCCUAAAUACUUUACAAGGUCUAGUUAAAUGGCUUGAAAGUAUGGAAAUUGGUAAUAACGAUCUGAAUGGUUAUCUUGGUUUAGAUUUGGACUCAAUAAAUUCAAUAGUUGCGCUGACGAAUGAUUUAUUAAAAUAUUUUUAUCAAUUAAUUUGGGACAUCAACGAAGAGCAAAAGUUAUUUAAUGAUUUUAUAAAUUGGGUUAAAAUUGGCGUCAUUGAUAAACUUGCCAAGGAAGAUGAUAUAGAUUCGUAUUAUAAAGCCUUGCAUGUGAAUUACAAAACUUCGAAUCUAAUUAAGUAUUUCAACGAGUAUUUGUUUAGGAGUAAAUUAUUCAAUUAUUUCGAAAUAAACUUACCAAUGAACGAAAUUCUACUCCAAGAUGUUGUUGAGACUAAUUUAAUGGACAAAUACAUUGGACUAAAUAAGUUUGUGGAGAGUAAUCUAUUAAGGAAUAUCACGAAUUAUAUUAAAUCGAUUGUGAAAUUCAAUGAUUUAAUUCCAUUAAAUAUAUCAUCAACUCAUAUGGAAAAAAUGAAAAUAUCUAAUGGAUCUGACUUUGGUAUCAUAUCAUGUAUUAACCAUGAAGAAUCAACACUAUCUCUUAUUAAAUUUUCAUUAUCAAGUUCGGAUUUACAAACGAAGAUAAUAAAACUAAAAGAUCCGAUCAUUACUUACGAAAUAAUGAAUGAAAGAAAAAUAUUAUUAUUAAUUGACGCAUCACCAAAGUACUAUCUUGAAUCAUUUAACUUCGAUGAUGUGAUAUUACAAGAUCUGUGCACUAUUUCUUACGCUUCCAUUUCACCAAUAAAUCAGAACGUAUUCGAUAGUGAUGCAAUUAACAGAGUGUCAGAACCAAAAUUCUUAGCUAUAAACUCUGAUAAGUCUAGAAAUAUAGGGUGUUUACUCGAUGCUAACAAGCAAAAUUAUUUAGUGUUUGGACUUAAAUAA